UGCCUUCAUUCCUCCUAUCGAACCUUUUUGAACCACUGUUUGUGAGGAGAGAGUUAUUAACUACGCCAGAAGCGGGCACAAAUUGUGUAUUAAACUUUCCAAUGUCGAGACGGGAUAUCCAAUCCAUUCAGCGAUACAGUUUCUAAGAUUAGCUAAACGAAGGAAAUAGUGUGGUACGGGACGAAGAAAUCGGUCCAGUUCAAAAAAAAAUAGAAACCCCUUUCGAAAAUUCAUCUCUUAUUUAUCCAAUUGGUAGAAUAUGAGUGUAAAGAAGCAGAUCAGGAGAAGCAAAUACGCAAAGUAACUCAAUUGGUUAGGAGGGAGAAUGCGUGGGACGGGAGGGGGAAGUGCAGCGAAGCUGAUAGUGGAAGCACUGCUUCAGAGGUUUCUUCCGCUUGCUCGCCGCCGUAUCGACACUGCUCAGGCGCAGGAUGGGCAAUAUUUACGAGCAUCAGAUCCGGCUUAUGAACAAGUAUUGGAUUCACUUGCUAUGGUUGCCCGCCAUACUCCUGUGCAUUUGUUGGAAGCACUUCUUAAAUGGAGAGAGAGUGAAUCGCCAAAGGGAGCAAAUGAUGCAUCUACUUUCCAGAGAAAGCUUGCUGUGGAGUGCAUCUUUUGUUCUGCCUGUAUUCGUUUUGUGGAGUGUUGCCCACAGGAAGGUUUGACAGAAAAGCUUUGGAUUGGACUGGAGAACUUUGUAUUUGAUUGGCUAAUCAAUGCAGACAGGGUUGUGAGCCAAACUGAAUAUCCGUCCCUGGUUGACCUACGUGGGCUCUUAUUGGAUCUCGUUGCACAGCUUUUAGGUGCCCUAUCACGGAUAAGGUUCAGUUCUGUUACAGAGCGUUUUUUUAUGGAACUCAACAUGCGACGUAUUGAUACAAAUGUUGCCAGAAGUGAGACUCUCAGCAUUAUAAAUGGAAUGCGAUAUCUCAAACUUGGGGUGACAACUCUAGGUGGCUUGAAUGCCUCAACUUCAUUUGUUGGAAAAGCAAAUCCUCUUAACCGCACACCACCCAAAAGGAAGACAGAGCUACAUCAUGCUUUAUGCAAUAUGCUUUCAAGUAUACUUGCUCCAGUUGCAGACGGAGGCAAAGCACACUGGCCGCCUAUGGGUGUAGAAUCAGCAUUGGCACUAUGGUAUGUUGCAGUAGCUCGGAUUCGGGGGCAGCUCAUGCAUUGGAUGGAAAAACAGAACAAGCAUAUUAUAGUUGGAUAUCCCUUAGUGACUCUUUUGCUGUGCCUUGGUGACCCCCAUGUUUUUAACAGUAACUUUGGUCCUCACAUGGAGCAUUUGUAUAAACUUCUGAGAGAAAAAAACAACCGAUCCAUGGCUUUGGAUUGUCUUCAUCGAGUUGUACGAUUUUAUUUAAAUGUUUAUGCUGAUCAUCAGCCCAAAGAUCGUGUAUGGGAUUAUCUUCACAGUGUAACAUCACAGUUGCUGGCAUUUUUGAAAAAAGGUUCUCUUACUCAGGAUGUACAGCAUGAUAAACUUGUUGAAUUUUGUGUCACAAUAGCAGAAAGCAACUUAGAUUUUGCUAUGAAUCACAUGAUAUUGGAACUGUUGAGGGCAGACAGCCUAAGUGAAGCAAAAGUUAUUGGUCUUCGGGCUCUACUUGCAGUGGUUAUCUCUCCCUCAGGACGUCGGGUUGGUUCAGACACAUUCCGGUGUGAUGAUGUUCACUUCUCUGCAACAUCAUCUUUACGGGGCUCGGUUGCAUUAUUAAGUUCAUCUUCAGGUUCUGGAGUUUCUGUCUCACCUCGAAACUCAUAUUCUAUGUCGUCCGCAAGUCCUGUAUCUUCUGACUUAGGUAUUACAGGACGUGACAUAAGCCAGUACAUUCCAAAGGUUAAACAUGCUAUUGACACUAUUUUGAGAGUAUGCCAUAGCACUUACUCAAAGGCACUGCUGACAUCAUCAAAAACAACAACGGAUCCACUUACCAAAGAGAAAUCACAAGGAUGGUUAGUCUUCCGAUGGGCAUUGAAGUGCAUACCACAUUUGAUUCAAGAUAUUGCUCGGAGUGGCAAGUUGACAGAAAUUAUUCCAGUUUAUGGCAUAAGUGUUGAACCUGGUGUCCGUGAGGAAGCAGUGCAGGUGCUUUUUCGUAUAAUCAUGUAUCUUCCUCAGAGUCGUUUUGCAGUAAUGAAUGGAAUGGCUAAUUUCAUUAUUCAGUUGCCAGAUGAAUUUCCUCUGCUCAUACACACAUCACUGGGACGCCUUGUACAACUUAUGCAUUCAUGGAGAGCAUGCCUAGCUGAUGAGAGAUUAUCCUAUGACCACAAAAGUGUUACACGUGCAAGUAGAAACAGUGAUAUGGUGUAUAGGUCCUCCCCUGUGCGGCAAUUUGGAGAAACGAAUGAAUUUCGAGCUUCAGGAAUGGAUGCAAUUGGUCUUAUUUUUCUUUGUUCUGUUGAUGUUCAAAUCAGGCACACUGCACUUGAGCUGUUACGUUGUGUCCGUGCCUUGCAGAAUGAUAUAAGAGAAUAUUCUCCUAGUGAAAAUAGUGAUAAGAAACUGAGGAAUGAAUUAGAACCAACAUUUGUGAUAGAUGUGUUGGAAGAGGCAGGGGAUGAUAUAGUUCAACGCUGUUAUUGGGAUUCUGGCCGUUGGUAUGAUCUAAGACGAGAAUCAGAUGCAGUUCCAUCAGAUGUCACUCUUCAUUCCAUUUUGGAAAGUCAUGACAAGAGCCGUUGGGCUCGCUGUCUGAGUGAGCUUGUGCAGUAUGCUGCAGAACUGUGUCCCAAUGCUGUGCAGCAAGCAAGGUUGGAGGUGACAAAUCGUCUUAGACAAAUAACUCCAUCAGAUUUGGGUGGAAAGGCAGUGCAGUCACACGAUACUGAGAACAAGCUUGAUCAAUGGCAAAUGUAUGCCAUGUUUGCAUGUUCUUGCCCACCAGAUGAUAGCGAGGAUGGUACUGCCAAAGAUCUAUAUUGUUUGAUUUUUCCAUCACUAAGAGCUGGUUCUGAAGGGCAAAUAAAUGCUUCUAUUUUAGCUCUAGGCCAUUCACACUUACAAGUUUGUGAAAUCAUGCUAACUGAGCUUGCAUCCUUUCUGGAGGAGGUUGUAUCUGAAACAGAAACCAGGCCAAAAUGGAAGAGUCCAAAGGUGCGCCGUGAAGACUCACGGGUACAUUUUGCAAAUGUAUAUCGAAUGGUUGCAGAGAAUGUAUGGCCUGGCAUGCUAAGCCGCAAAUCUGUAUUGCGGUCACUCUUCUUUAAGUUCAUUGAGGAUACUAUGAAACAGAUUGUCUCUGCUUCCUCAGAUAAUUUUCAAGACAUGCAACCUUUACGUUUUGCUUUAGCAUCUGUGUUGAGAUCUCUUGCUCCUGAGAUGAUGAAAUCUAAUUUUGAUAAAUUUGACCCUAGAACACGUAAGCGCUUAUUUGAUCUUCUUUCAUCAUGGAGUGAUGACACAAACAAUGCUUGGAGCCAGGACAGUGUUAGUGACUAUCGGCGUGAGAUUGAACGCUACAAGUCAGGACAAGCCAUGCGCACAAAGGACUCGGUGGAACGCAUCUCCAUUGAGAAGGAGGUGAAUGAUCAAGUAGAAGCAAUCCACUGGGUUUCCUUAAAUGCUAUGGCUGCUUUGCUGUAUGGGCCAUGCUUUGAUGACAGUGCAAGAAAGAUGAGUGGCCGAGUUGUUAACUGGAUUAAUUAUCUUUUUCUUGAGCCUGCCCCAAGAAUGCCAUAUGGUUUUUCACCAGCAGAUCCUCGAACUCCUCCAAUUUCUAAGUUUGGUGUUGGAGGUGCGUUUGAAUUCCGCUCUGGGGGAGGACGGGAUCGACAGAGAGGAGGCCAAUCUAGAGUCAUGCUUGCAAAAACAGCUCUUAUGAAUCUUCUUCAGACUAAUUUGGAUCUUUUCCCAGCUUGUAUAGAUCAGUGCUACUCCUCAGAUCCAUCCAUUGCAGAUGGAUACUUCACUGUGCUGGCAGAGGUGUAUAUGCGACAUGAACUUCCGAAAUGUGAAAUACAGAGAUUGUUAAGUCUUAUUCUUUACAAGGUUGUUGAUCCCUCAAGGCAAAUUAGAGAUGAUGCAUUGCAAAUGCUUGAGACACUGUCAAUCAGAGAGUGGGCAGAAGAUGGUGAAGGUGCCCAUCGUUAUAGGGCAGCAGUUGUAGGGAGUCUUCCAGACUCUUAUCAACAGUUUCAGUAUCAACUUUCUACAAAUCUGGCAAAAGAACAUCCAGAGCUUAGCGAACUCCUCUGUGAAGAGAUCAUGCAAAGACAAUUAGAUGCUGUUGAUAUCAUUGCUCAGCAUCAAGUAUUGACGUGCAUGGCCCCAUGGAUAGAAAAUUUAAACUUUGUCACCCUUUUGGAAUCUGGAUGGAGUGAGCGGCUGUUAAAGAGCCUUUACUAUGUUACCUGGCGCCAUGGCGAUCAGUUUCCUGAUGAAAUUGAAAAACUCUGGAGUACAAUAGCAACUAAAUCAAAAAACAUUAUUCCUGUGCUUGAUUUUCUAAUAACAAAAGGUAUUGAGGAUUGUGAUUCUAAUGCCUCUGGUGAAAUAAGUGGAGCUUUUGCAACCUACUUUUCAGUAGCUAAGCGUAUCAGUUUGUAUUUGGCACGUAUAUGUCAACAACAGACAAUUGAUCAUUUGGUUUAUGAACUCUCACAGAGAAUGCUUGAAGAUCAUCCUGAGCAAGUAAAGAGGCCAAAUGAUCGAGUUAUAGAGGCUGACCACAGCAGUCAUGUGUUAGAAUUUUCACAGGGUCCAAUGCCAAUGCAAAUGUUAGAUCAACAGCCACAUAUGUCACCUUUACUGGUUCGAAGUUCCUUAGAAGGUCCUCUUCGAAAUGCAAGUGGUAAUCUGAGUUGGAGAACGGCUACUGGCCGUAGCAUGUCUGGUCCUCUUAAUAGUAUGUCCGAGCUGCACACAGGAAGAUCUGGACAACUUUUUUCAGGUUCUGGUCCCUUGACAAAUAUGUCAGGUCCAUUAAUGGGAGUGAGGAGUUCCACAGGUAGCCUCAAAAGUCGACACUUGUCAAGAGACAGUGGUGACUAUUAUGUUGACACUCCAAAUUCACUAGAAGAAAUCAGAUCUAGCACUCCUGCUGUAAAUGCAGGUGAAUUGCAGUCUGCAUUACAGGGCCACCAUCAUUGGCUUUCCCGUGCUGAUAUAGCACUAAUUCUUUUAGCUGAAAUAGCAUAUGAAAAUGAUGAAGAUUUUCGAGGUCAUCUUCCUUUGCUAUUUCAUGUGACGUUUGUCUCUAUGGAUAGCUCAGAGGAUAUUGUACUUGAGCAUUGCCAGCAUUUGCUUGUAAACCUUCUUUACUCCCUUGCAGGGCGGCACCUUGAGCUUUAUGAUGUUGGGGAUUAUGGUGAAGGUGAGUACAAACAACAAGUAGUGAGCUUAAUUAAAUAUGUCCAGUCCAAAAAGGCCAGCAUGAUGUGGGAGAAUGAGGACAUGACUUUAACCCGAACAGAACUUCCAAGUGCUGCAUUGUUGUCUGCACUUGUACUCAGUGUUGUUGAUGCAAUAUUUUUUCAAGGUGAUCUUAGGGAGCGUUGGGGUGCAGAGGCAUUAAAGUGGGCUAUGGAAUGUACCUCUCGGCACUUAGCCUGCCGCUCUCAUCAAAUAUAUCGUGCUCUACGCCCAAGUGUUACAAGUGAUACUUGUGUGUCAUUAUUGCGGUGCUUACAUCGGUGUUUUAGCAACCCCACACCACAAGUCCUUGGUUUCAUUAUGGAAAUAUUAUUGACUUUACAAGUGAUGGUUGAGAUUAUGGAGCCUGAGAAGGUCAUUCUGUAUCCACAAUUGUUCUGGGGUUGUGUGGCAAUGAUGCAUACUGAUUUUGUCCAUGUAUAUACACAAGUCCUUGAGCUUUUUGCUCGUGUGGUUGACAGAUUAUCAUUUCGGGACCAAACUGCUGAAAAUGUGUUAUUAUCCAACAUGCCUAGAGAUGAAUUUGAAAUUAACCAGCAGGAUAAAUAUUUAGGUAGGUUGGAUUCCAAAGGUUUUGAAAGCCAAGGACAUGCUGAGAAUGGAAUGGAAUCAGCAAAGGCUCCAGCUUUUGAAGGAGUUCAGCCAUUGGUACUGAAAGGUCUUAUGUCUACUGUCAGCCAUGCAUCAGCUAUUGAAGUUCUGUCACGCAUAACACUUCAGUCAUGUGAUUGCAUAUUUGGUGAUUCUGAGACCAGACUACUCAUGCAUAUUGUUGGUUUACUUCCCUGGCUUUGUUUACAACUUCAGAAAGAAAAGGAUCAUAUCUUGGCUUUUGAGUCUCCACUUCAGCAACAAUACCAGAAGGCUUGUUCUGUUGCUAUGAAUAUUUCCCACUGGUGCAAGGCAAAAGGUUUAGAUGAGCUCACUUGUGUAUUUUCUGCAUAUGCUGAAGGUAGUAUAAUAACAACAGAGGACUUAUUGAGUCGUGUAUCUCCUCUCCUAUGUGCAGAAUGGUUCCCUCAGCAUUCUGCUCUUGCAUUUGGGCACUUGCUUCGACUUCUUGAGAAGGGUCCUGUAGAAUAUCAACGAGUGAUUUUACUCAUGCUUAAAGCCCUUCUUCAGCACACUCCAAUGGAUGCAGCACAAAGUCCACAAGUGUAUGCAGUUGUUUCCCAGUUGGUGGAGAGCACUUUAUGUUGGGAGGCAUUAAAUGUGCUAGAAUCUCUUUUGCAAAGCUGUAGUAGCCUUUCAAGUCAUCAAGUUGACAUAGGAAGUUCAGAAAAUGGGCAGACUACAUGCGAAGAAAAAACUAUUCCUCCUCUCACUGCGCAGAGCUCAUUUAAAGCUCGGAGUGGCCCACUGCAGUAUUCAGCGGGUUCCGGAGGUGUGGCCCCUGGUGCAGCUGUUAUUCAAAGCAAUGUCGAGCUUUCCUCUAGAGAAACUGCUUUACAGAAUACAAGUCUAGCACUUGGACGAGUACUUGAUACAUAUGGCCCAGGAAGAAAGAGAGAUUAUAAGCGUCUUGUACCUUUUGUUGCAAAUCUUGGGCAGCUGACUGGGACAGGUCAACAACAAACCCAAGGGCAGUGAUUACCUGUAUAUACAUUACACACAUGCAAAAGAUUUCAUAGAUUACAUCGGUUUAUUUAAGAAUAAACUGGCCUUAAGGGGUUUAUGAGAAUGGAAAUUGUCCUCAUAUUACAACAGAUCCAGAGUAUUUCAACAAUUCAAACAUAAAACUUCUGCUUGCAUGCACCAUGUUGUCUGUCUGCUACCAUGCUAGUAGGGUUGUUUGCAGAUGAUUUGUUUCAGAGAUACAUUUGAGGUAGUUUGGAUUUUAUGUUAUGGCAGAUAAUCUACAAGAAGCUUUAGUUAAACAUCCAUGACAUUGGAUGUUUGAUUGAUGAUGUGAAAUAGACUGUACUCAAAGGUGGAGUUUUUAUUAUUGUAGCUGUAAGAACGAUAAGUAUAAAGAACCCUUGAAUAGAAGCAGCUGAAAUGGUUCAUCAAAUGUACAACUUUUGGGAUUCUAGCUGUGCAAUAAAAACUAUAUGAAAACCUGAUAUCCAGCAAUUCAAUGUACCAAAGCAUUUUUGUUGCACUGGAUAAUCUACGGAGUGUUUUCUGUAUGUAAUGUAUCUACCUUGUUCUGUAAUUUUCCUUAAUUGUGUC